CCACAUGAUAUGCAACUUUCAAAAUGGCGGGGGCAGCCAGACAACGGUUACCUUCAGGGCACGAGGACGAGUUUGUGAAUGAAGUUGAAUACGAUUUCCAGUGUUUAAUCUGCCACUUGCCGUUAAAGGAACCUGUUCUUACGCGAUGUGGUCACAGAUUUUGUAAAGGUUGCCUCGAAGAGCAUUUUAGAAGGUACGACUUACAAUACACUAGCGAGCGUAAAUGUCCUAGUUAAUUGUAGCUUGUUUCUCUGUAAUUAUCCUAACGGUUAGAUUCUCUCGAUCUAAACUCUAGAGAAACACCCUCGCCGUGAAUCCUGUGUGAUCACUUUGGACUCAUGAUAGGAGGCAGUCGUUAAUUAAUUCGCGACAGUCAGUGAUGCGUAUAAAACUGAAAGGCAAUCAUUAUGAUUUCCAUUGUGAAACUUUGUUGCAUGCGAAUUCGGACAGUUUCGAUGUAAAAUAAAUGUGUGCCAUUCGAUGAUAUGUCUUAUUAAGACGUUAAGCUUCGAGGCGCAGAGCUAAAGUUAAAAGGCUCUACAGUUCGCCCCGUGGAAGCGAAUCCAAGCGGACAGUCUUGGUCAGUCUUGGAUUCUGGAUUCCAUGCGUGGAUUCCGGAUUCCUUGCAGUGAAACUUGGAUUCCGGAUUGCACACUUUAAAGCCCAGGAUUCUGGAUUCUACAAGCAAAAAUUUCCCUGAUUCCGGAAACCGGAUCACAUGGAAUACGUGGGCCAGUAGUCUAACAUUUUUGAGCUCCGUCGAAUAGACCUUGUCACGGUUUUCGACGCCAUCUUGACCAGUAGGCAAACACGUGAGAAAUUACAGUGUUUGUAUGAGAAUCUAAUGUCGAAUAAUUUCCGUAAAACGGCUGUUCUGAACAAAAUUUCAAUUGUAAACUUAAGCUACAAAGCAAAGGAUUGUCCUAAAAAAAUUUGGGGGCGUACCUGUGCUUAAAUUUCUUCAGAGACUUUCUUUAGAUUUUCCAUAUAUUUGUCUGUAAUUUUCCCGGGACUUUCUAACAGACAAAUGUAUAGAAAUUUUAAAAAAUGGUUCUAGGUCUUCUAGUGCAUGUAACGCCCUCAAAUUUUUUCAGGAGAAUCCUUAGGAGUGAAGCUUUAGUUUACAAAUCAUAUUUUUUUCAGAACAGCCGUUCUAAGGAAAUUAUUCGACAUUAGAUUCUCAUACAAUCACUAUAUUUUCUCACGCGCUUGCCUACUCGUCAAGAUGGCGUCGAAAACCGUGACAAGGUCUAUUUCACAGACUCGAAUUGACAGGUUACAUGUAAUACUUUUGUCGUCAUACUACAAUCAUGACAUUUUGUCGUAAAUCGUUUUGGGAUGGAAGGGGUAACUGCAGAUUUGACAUUAAUGGCCACUAUUCUUCAAAAAUACAGAAGUGCGGCUGAAGGCUUUCCUCACAUUUGCCCAGCAGACAGAGAGAAUCUGGACCGAGAUCGGGUAAGUUGCCACUUUCAUCCGCCUGCAAAAGAAGUAUUAUAACUGCAAAGGGCAGCGCCGUAGCUAGUAUGAGGCCAACCGAGGCACUCGCCUCGGUAAAAUUUUGACGAAUUUCGCCGAUCAUUUUUAUUUUACAUAAGCGAUCAUCGGAUAUUUUUAACGCAUCAUGAUAUUACAAAGAAUUCAGCAAUUCAGUCAAUAUACUAUGGCGAGGUUAACGGUCACCCAGAUUAUGUAGCUUGUUUCUGAUUAUUGCUUUUUAAAUUCCACUUAAAUUAACUCGAAAACAAGUUACCGAAAGGCCCAGAAAACGCUACAAAUCGCAUUUCCGAGAGACUAAAGUUCAAAAUUUCUCGGGGGGGGGGGCAUGCCCCCGAACCCCCCUAGCAACUCCCGCCUGCCUCGGUUGGCCGUUUGGUCUGGCUACGGCACUGAAGGGGCAGGUAAACUAUGUUUAAGAAGUUUGAAAGUUAAAGCCAUUCAAGAAAAUUUCGUUUUGUUUGAAAUGGUCUCACAUCCCAUAGUAAAAGUAAUUGCCUGUCGGUUUCCUGUGCAGAGUUUCCCGGUGUUGAGAGGAAAAAGCGUGGCGGUGUAGAUGCCCUCUUUGUUGAAUCCGAAUAUUUUUUCUCAAUAAUGGGUACGAAGAUAUUGCUCGAAGAUAUUAGCUCGUUAGCUACUCUGAAAUUCGAGUAUAAAUAAAGUUUAUGUUAUGUUGGGUUACCGAAGAGAAUCCAAGACUUACGUCUUUUAAUAGAAUCCUAAAACCCAAGAAAAUCGAACUCGCUUUUGUACAAUUUUAAAACGUUUUUGGUGUACAUGACUUCUAAUGAAAGUAGCCUUAGUCAGUGAGCCGCGUAUGAACUGUGUUAAACCAUAUAUACGUUAAAAUUGUUUGUAUAAAAAAAGUGAGGAUCUUUAUUAUUUUUUCCUUUAAAAAGCCUUAUUUUUUUGCCCUAUUUUAGGAUGUCUUUCCAGACAAAGCAACAGAACGAAAAAUUCUGUCCUUGGCCAUCAAAUGUCCAAGUGAAGGCUGUGACUGGACUGGUGAAUUGAGAGGCAAAAAGGUAACAAGCUGUCAGUUGAUGUCAGGAAUAGUAAAAUUGAAUCAGAGCUGUUUUCUCGUGAUUGUCUUGAUCACCAGUACACCUUAGGGGCUUUUAAAAUAUGCCACCACGACGGCAACGAGAACGUCAAAAAGGCGAUGGCUAGAUUAUCAAAACAACAAUUGUACGACGUGCAGCAGCACUCUUUAAUAUUUGUACAUUUCUUUACCGUCAUCCCAAGACUAGGACGUGAAAUAGCCUAAUUUGAUGUUUUAUCCACCACCUUCAACACCAGAAGGGUUUGCCCACAUUUGGCAAGGUGAGCGAGUUCGGUUAAUCGCGCAGACGACAUUAGGGCCAUUUAUACGAGGAAAAAUAAGACGCGGACUGUACCAUUUAUACGAGCAUGUCUUAUCUAAUAAGACGCGUCUUGGCUAAGCUGCGUCUUAUUUUAGACGAAAUGUGCCGUUUAUACGGAAAGUUCGCGUCUUAUUUAAGACGCGUCUUAUGUAAGACGCGUCUUAUUUUUCCUCGUAUAAAUGGCCCUAGUGAGUUGUAUUAGUGGUUUUUCCGCCGUCGCCGUCGUGGAAUAAAACUCCCUAUCGAGACGCAUAUGAGACGAUUCGGCGAUCCAAACGAUUUGAACUAAUUAAUGCGAUAUAAUGAAACCAGGCUUUACUAAGAAUCAAAACGGAGCUAGUUAAGUCAAUUUCUCAAAACCUUGUUUUUUAUUGUGCCUAACAGACUCACGUCGAUAGUUGCCAAUUUAAAGUUGUUUCCUGCUCCAACCAAAAUUGCCCCGUUGCACUGAAAAGGAAAUAUCUGGAGAACCAUGUUGCGUUUACAUGUCAGUGGAGGAUAAUCGAGUGCAGAUACUGUAAAGAACCACACCCAGAAUGUCACAUGAAGGUGAGGAUAAGUAACUGUAGUAUUAAGUAAGCUUAAUAUUUGACGUGGAAAUUGUAAAACCGAGGCAGGAUUACUCAGUCGGAGGAGCGCUUGACUGUAGAGCGGAAGGACGCGGGUUCGGAUCCCCGGGACUAACGCAGUACGCAGGGUGUUGAAAUAACUCGAGAAGUGAAUGUAGAGCGCAAUACAGGAUCGGAUGACCAUGUAAAAUGGCGGUCCCGUCUCCAGAAGAAGACUUUGAAUAUUUGUCCCCAGUUGGUACUUUUUAAGGCUAAGUACAUUGGCAUUCAACUAAUGUGUUCUCUGUUAAGUGUCUCCAACUAAACCAUAAACGAAAGAAGUUUAUCCGGUAUUUGACAAGAGAGUCUAGACUUCGGGAGAGAUCAUAAAUUAUAGAAAGUUAGUCUUCCGGAUCGAAGUCAACCAGUUUAGCGGAAACGGUACAUAACUUCAAAAGAAAAAAGAAAAAAUAAAGAACUUUUUGGAAAUUAAGAUAUCCUGACCAACGCCCUAGACUCCCUUUCUGUGCUAUUAUCAUCUCUUGACAUUACUUUUUUUUUUCUCUUGCUUUUUAGUUUGCUCUUUCUGUUCAGUGAAAACAUGUUGUAUAAACUUUCUUUCCCUUUUUGCAGGCGCAUACUGGAAAGUGUGCCAGGUUUCCUGUGAACUGCCCUAACGGAUGUAAUAAUUCAAUUCCCAGAGAAAUGGUAAUUGGCUAUGUUUGUGUUUAGUUUUGCGGUAUGGAAGAUCUGGGUUAAAUACACUGAAUACACAUACAAUGUUCUGUUACUUUUCAAUGGGGUUUAAUAAAGGUUUAGAUGAAUUUGAUGCUGUCAUGGAGCAUUUGAAAACGAGUUUAAAGAACUAAUUCAGCACUCGCUAUCGCCGAUUUUCAAACCCUUCUGGUGUGUGUGCUGUUCCCAAAGGACGUAUGAGUGUACUAGAGAAGUCUUAAAACUUUUCCCUUUCACCUUUUUUUCAGAUUCCAAAUCACAUUGAAAAGGACUGUCCACUGACUUUAAUUUCAUGCCCGUAUGUUCAGAUAGGCUGCAAAGAGAAGGUUUGCAAUUGUCAGAUUACACUGGCGACACAUCAGAGCAUGACUAAGCCUGGGAACAGGUUCUACAGUCUACAGUAGUGGCGGGGGGGGGUGUGCAUGAUGAAGACAUAUCGGUGGGGGAAGCGAGCCGAGCGGGAAUCUGGGGAGAGUAAAGGGCGGUGGAGUUCCACCUUUUCCCCUCUUCAGUCCACUGCUCGGCUCGCUAGGAUCCCCCAUUUUGUGCUUUUUCACCCACUACAGAACCUUGUCCUAGGGUAAACAUGACUAUAUAGAUGUUAGGCAGUCGAGAAGAGGUUUUGUUUACUUGACUAUCGCAGCACAAUUUGCCAUUGCGUAAUUUUUCAUAAGCUCUAUUUAAUUGUAUGAGUUUUCCGCAAAUUUCAACGCAUCCGGCGUACUUUCUUAUUCAUUACCUUUAUCAUCAUCAUCGUCAUCAUCAUCUUUAUCAUCGUCGUCGUCGUCGUCAUUAUUAUUAUUAUUAUUAUUAUUAUUAUUAUUAUUAUUAUUAUUAUUAUUAUUAUUAUCAUUAUCAGUGGAUUUUAAUUUUCUCUCUUUUGUAUUCUUCCGGAUAAAUCUUUUAGUUUUGCCGGCGUGCAAAGACAGUUAGUUUAUUUUCUUGAUCUCUUGUAGGUUGAGCGGAAAAACGUGCAAGCGCACGUUAACCUUGCCAUGGGUGAGCAUCUUGAUUUCGCCUGUACAAAGCUAAACAGCACACUUGUUAAAUUAGACGAGACGCAGAAGGACACAAGACGCUUGGAAGAGAAAGUAGAGGCGCUGCAAAAGCAGCUGGAAAAGAAAGGAUAUAAAGAAAGAGCAAGUAAUACCACGCGAUUUGUCUGGAAGAUUAACAAGUUCAGUGAUAUUUUAAAACGAGCGAAGGCGGGGUUGAAGGGGAAAAUAGAGAGUGAUCCAUUCUACACAGAUAGUUAUGGUUACAAAUUAAAAGUGUUGCUUAAUCCUAAUGGUUGUUGGCCUAAUGGCUGGGAUACCCACAUGUCAGUUUCCAUCAUUGUAAUGAAAGGCGAAUAUGAUGCUAUAUUACCAUGGCCGUUUCGAAAUAAAGUGACCAUUACAUUGAUUGACCAAGAGGAAGAUCCAAUCAAACGACAAGACGUAGUGUACUGUGUCGUUCCCAUGAAGGAAAGGAACUUUGCACGACCCCAGAAAGAAGAAAACACCGGAUAUGGGUAUCCUGAAUUCGUAUCUCACGAAGAACUGCGAUCAAGGAGAUAUCUCGUGGAAGACUCUCUGUUUCUCCAGGUGGAUGUCGGCUCUUCCCUGUGACAGUAGCAUACGCAUAUUUUUUGCCGUUAAUAAUUUUGAGUUAUUGGUUUGCCGGGGGGAGCAGAGAGUAGUAUGUAUGUAAAAUACGGAGAGUUUUUCUUUCAUGUGAUACCCAAACACCACUGAAAAAAGCGACUUCGAAAUGUUUAUAUAUCAGAGAAAAUACUUUUCGACUUAUAAUUACUUCUUAAAGUAUCAGGGGCUGACUCAGGGAUUUUUAUCGGUCAAAACUUGUGCUCACUGUUGCACCUAGUUUAC